CCAUGAUACACCUCAUGACAAGCCUCAUCCCAGAAAAUUGAACAAUAACCGAGGCCAUCAAUUACUUAAUCUUUGCCAUCGUCACCUAGUAGUGAUUCAUGAUACUACCACUCGCCUUUAACUGAACUGAAAAUCUCGUCUUCGCCACCUCGAAUCCUUCAUCUUUACCACAACUUACAUAUCCAUCAUGGCACGACGAUCUAGCAAGAGCUCGGCCUCUAGGCCAGCGGGCUCAAUUCGCAUUGUGAUGCCUUCAUCUAGCCAAGCGCCUCCUGCGAAGGCUGCGCCCGAGAAAGCCGUCACCGAAGAGGACGUGAACAAACUCAGCAUCGCCGACCUUACUCUUGAUGUACCUCUGAUCCCCUUUAGAACGAAGCGCCGCGUACCCAAAAUACCGUUUCAUUUCCUCGACCUACCCGCCGAAGUGCGCAUCCAGAUCUACACAUACUUCUUCGACGAUGUCCCUACACUUCUAGAUCUCGGGCCUGGCAAUUAUAAGCGCGUACACAAGAAGCUUGGGCUCAUGCGAGUCUGCAAACAGGUUCAUGAUGAAGCGACAUUCGCUUUCUACAGUACACGAACUUUUCGUCUGUUUCCCACCUAUCCUGGCAAAUACUUCAAGAGCAAGAAGCCUCUGCUGGCAAGGUUGAAGCCGCAGCAGCGAAAAUUCCUCACAUCUCUCGAAUUGCGCCUUGGCCCUGGAUGGAACGCGCCGCCGCGUGGAUGGGUUGUUAACCCAGCGCUCGGUCUCUCGGAAUGCAAGGACGUUGAGCGCCUCAAUAUCUUUGUCGAGUGCGACCCCAGUGAUAACAUCUUCCAAGGUUGGCGCCGAUCAGAAGGUUUCUACGAGGCGUUCAGCCGGAACCUUCUCACUGAUGUGCUGGAGGCAUUGCCUUCCCUUCGGGCUGUUCAGUUUGAUGGCUGGACAAGCGUCAAAAAAUCUGGAGAUAUGAUGCAGGGUCUCAUGCAAAUUGUCGAGCAACAAGGCCUCAGCAUUGAAUGGGGCCCUGAAAGAGGAUGGACUGACGCCGAUGACGACGAGGAAGAGGGAACUGAGCCGGUGGGUUAUCCUGAAGGAUUCCCCCACCCUGGAUAUGAAGCGCAUGGACUACUGGCUUUGGCUUAGUGUUAAAGACCCUGAGGUUAUUUUUCUUGGUUCUGAUGAGUUUUAUGACGAGCACGAUUUCAUUUAUAUACAAUAAUGCAGUAUAUGGCUACUACUCUAGCAGUACUAUGCAGCGAAAUACUAUCAAGUUCAAUGCUAUUCCAACCCGUGGUAUUGUCCGUCUCUAUGCUUCGUAAAGUCAAAACAAAGUCUUAUCGUGCCCCAAGCAUCGCGAGUGCGUUGCGCAGCUCUUGAACUGCAGUAGGCACAUCCUCAAAGUUCAACGCCGAUAUUGCCCACUUAGCGUGCUUCUGAGCCUGGUUGAUAUCUUUCUGGUCUGUCGUGUAAUUUGCUGGAGGAGGUGCAGAUGUAGGGGCCUGCGCAGGAGGUGAGUGAGCUGGUGAGCCCCCAGGGUGUGAAGAGGCAAGGUGUGGCAUCAUUGGCCUGAUAGGCUCGACACCUGGAGCCAGUUCGGGCUCGGGUUCAACUACGGGUGCCUUUCCAGGAGGAGCGGAUGCAAGGUGUGGCAGCCAUGGUCUUGCGGCUGCUGCGGCAUUGAGGGGGUUUGAAUGAUCAAUUGGUGCCUUGGUGGGAU